AUGAUGAAUGCUCCACAUGAUUCUCAUGAAGAGGGAAAAGAAGAACAAGUUCCCCUUCUUUCACCUUCGAUUGGGAAUACUCUCUGUGAUACGCCGGCUCCUAAAGAGAUCUCUGACUCCGAAUCAGAAUCGUUAGAUUCACUGACAUUCGAUGAGACUCAAACAGCCAGUGAUUACCAACAGAAACUGAUCUCGUCAUUCACCGACAUAGCUGUUGGCCAAACCAUGGAAACAGCCAUACAGUUCUUAGAGACGGCAAACUGGAACCUCGAAGAAGCCAUUAAUCACUUUUUCGUUGAAUCAAAUACGACGAGGUUACCUCCUCUGAGAUUUCUUUUCGAAGGUUCGUUCGAUGAGGCAAAAUCAACAUCUUCCCAAAGGAAUCUGUGGUUGCUAGUGAAUCUCCAAUCCACGAAAGACUAUGCUUCUCAUUCGCUUGACAUAGAUUUAUGGUCAAACAAAGUCGUUUCUCAAGCCAUUGAGUCGAGCAUCAUCUUAUGGCAAGUCUAUGAUGAUACCACCGAAGGACAGAAAAUCUCUACUUUCUACAAGGUUGACUCUGCUCUUCCCGUGGUGCUCCUCAUUGAUCCCAUCACUGGUUUUAAGAUUAGGUCGUGGAGCGGGGUGAUUGAAGCUCAGAGUUUUAUCGACGAUCUGAUGAACUAUACUAAGUCCGGUCCUCACGAACACAUUGCUUCUCUGAGAAGAAAAGAACCCAUCAAAACAGACAUUCUAUGUAAUGAAACCAACCAGACUAGUGAUCGCAUCGUCACUCCUUCCUCGGGGGAGGAGACUUGUUCUUCAAGCAACCACAUUGAUCAUGUUGUGGCGAAGACUUUACCCGCACAUGAGGAGGAGGAGACUUGUUUUGAGUUUCCAGCCUUGACAGAAGAGCCAAGAGGAGACUGUGAUCGAAGCCUUGUGUGCAGUGUCUGUGUUCGGUUUCCAGACGGGAGAAGAAAGCAGAGGAGGUUUCUCAAGAGCGAACCGAUUCAGCUUCUCUGGUCUUUCUGUCAUUCUCAGAUUGUGGAGUCCGAGAAGAAGGCGUUUAAGCUGGUACAAGCGAUCCCUGGUGCUUCAAAGACUCUUGAUUAUGGAGCUAACGCCACGUUCGAACAAUCUGGGCUCGCUAAUUCGAUGGUGUUGGUUGCUUGGGAGUGA